AUGCUCUUCAACAACAUCGCUUCCGCUACUCUCGCAGCUUGCGUGCUUCUGGUGCCCACCGCCCUGGCAGAUGUUAAAUUGCAGUGGCAUCCCUCGGGAAACUGUGGCACCAGUGGAGGCCCUCAGAGGACUUACAAGCGCGGCCAGUGCAUCGGCCUUAGCUCGACCAGCAACUCGGUCAACAUCCUUUCGCGCAGUGGCUCAUGUAACUUGGUGACUUAUACCUCCGGUGACUGCGACGGAAGCAAGAGAACGCUGAACACCAACGGCUGCUGGACCCUUUCGGGUAGAAACUCUGCCAAGGUUGAGUGCUAA